CACACACACGCACCGCGGUCCCGAAGUUCACACCGCCGGUACCCGAGGGCUUCGUCCCUCACCCUGGGGUCGGCUCCCGGAGCCUUGUCACCGGCACCCGGCAGGCUUUCAGACCCGAAGCUACGCCGCUGUGACCACAGCCACGUCUUUCAACUCUGCCGACAGUUGUCUCUCUUCUGAUUCAGUGGUUCCACUCCUGCCGUUUCAGUGACUGUCGGAGAGGUCCCCUCCCCUGGCAGACAGUCCACACACGUGCAUGCCCAUCUGCCCACGUAGGUCACUAAGUCCUCAUCUACAUCCGUUUCGACUGGAGGCGUCUUCCGUUUGACUUCUUUGGUCAUAUCAGCUGGCUCCUUCUAAGCUUGGAAGGACCUUGUCACGGGAGCCAGCUGACNGCCUCCCACAUACAGGGGCACCUGAUACCUCCAUGACUGGCUACUUUCACUCUUGCUGUCCAGCCCUCAGGAAACACAGAGCCAUCUCUCAGCCUAGCAGCCUUUGUCUACAGGGCUCAAGUGACUGCUAGCACUACAGACACCUGUAGCCAGUCUAGUCCCGGCGAGUAGACACACACCUCCUUUCCGACCCUACUGCCUUCCGGCCUGCCUCCCUGUCAUAGGGUCCUGUACCAAAAGAGCUUGCCCUUCCUUUCUAUACACACAUCUAGCUUGCCCACCAUGACCACAGUUANCAUCCUUGUUGUAUCCCAGAUACNCCUGUCCCAAGUUGUCUUUGCUGAAAGANUCUGNCUUUUUUUCUCCCUUCUCACCAACCCUUUCUCUGUCCCUCUUGAUUCAGCAGAAUGUCUUCUUUAUAUCUGCUGUGACGUAACCUUUGGAGUAUAUGUAUUAUAGUUGUCUGUGGGGUCACUAUGGUAAGAGGGGAAAGGCAGCCUCCCGUAGGUGAAAAUUCUGUUCACUGCCUGGCCACCUGGCCUAACUGACCUUCACAGCUUGAUGUCUUCCUGAAGAGGCAUUCAGGAUUCCCUCCAUCCCUANCCCUUCUGCCCAAGUCUUCCACGUUUCCUUCCUGGGAGUUUCUUCCAGGAUCUGAAGAUACCCAGAGGUGGGGAUGCAUUUCACUGGGUUUUGCCUGGGACCAGAGGCUGGGCCAAGACUUGGAGGGCCCCUGCUGGGUUCCAGGGCCGUCCCUCCAUGCCCCUGUGGAUGAGACAAGGUUGGGUAUAGGGUUCUAGGUGCCCUAAGAGCUGCCUGUCCCUAGAGCAGAGUAAGACCUGGUAAGGCUAGUGGCUGGCAGGCCCCAAGGAGCCCCCCGCAGGUGUCUGUAUCUGUCAGCUCCACACCUUCCUCCCAUCAUCCCAUCUCUGUUGGUUUCUGCCCAUCGCUGCAGUUUGGUACCUUGUGCCUCCCCCUCCUCUUCAUUAUGAUUUGAUUUCUUUUCUGUUGGACAAAUCGGUUGUUUCUGUUGUGAUUUAUUGUGGUGUAUUUUUUUUUUUCUUUUCUUCCUUUUCCCCAUCCAGUUAUUGUGAUCACUCUAAGCCCUGCUCCUGCCCCGUCCCAGCGAGCAGCCCUGCAACUCCCACUGGCCAACGAUGGGGGCAGCCGCUCACCAUCCUCAGAGAGUUCCCCACAGCACCCUACACCCCCCACCCGGCCCCGCCACAUGCUGGGGCUCCCAUCAACCUUGUUCACACCCCGCAGUAUGGAAAGCAUCGAGAUUGACCAGAAGCUGCAGGAGAUCAUGAAGCAGACAGGGUACCUGACUAUUGGGGGCCAGCGUUAUCAGGCAGAAAUCAAUGACCUGGAGAACCUGGGCGAGAUGGGCAGUGGUACCUGUGGUCAGGUGUGGAAGAUGCGGUUCCGGAAGACAGGCCACAUCAUUGCUGUUAAGCAAAUGCGGCGCUCGGGGAACAAGGAAGAGAAUAAGCGCAUCCUGAUGGACCUGGAUGUAGUACUCAAGAGCCACGACUGCCCCUACAUCGUUCAGUGCUUUGGCACCUUCAUCACCAACACAGACGUCUUCAUUGCCAUGGAGCUCAUGGGCACAUGUGCAGAGAAGCUGAAGAAACGAAUGCAGGGCCCCAUUCCAGAGCGAAUCCUGGGCAAGAUGACUGUGGCGAUUGUGAAAGCAUUGUACUAUCUGAAGGAGAAGCAUGGCGUCAUCCACCGUGAUGUCAAACCCUCCAACAUCCUGCUAGAUGAGCGGGGCCAGAUCAAGCUCUGUGACUUUGGCAUCAGCGGCCGCCUUGUUGACUCCAAAGCCAAAACACGGAGUGCUGGCUGUGCUGCCUAUAUGGCUCCCGAGCGCAUCGACCCUCCAGAUCCCACCAAGCCUGACUAUGACAUCCGAGCUGAUGUGUGGAGCCUGGGCAUCUCACUGGUGGAGCUGGCAACAGGACAGUUCCCCUAUAAGAACUGCAAGACGGACUUUGAGGUCCUCACCAAAGUCCUACAGGAAGAGCCCCCACUCCUGCCUGGUCACAUGGGCUUCUCAGGGGACUUCCAGUCAUUUGUCAAAGACUGCCUUACUAAAGAUCACAGGAAGAGACCAAAGUAUAAUAAGCUACUUGAACACAGCUUCAUCAAGCACUACGAGAUACUCGAGGUGGAUGUCGCGUCCUGGUUUAAGGACGUCAUGGCAAAGACCGAGUCCCCAAGGACUAGUGGAGUCCUGAGUCAGCACCAUCUGCCCUUCUUCAGGUAGCCUUGUGGCAACGGCCAGCCCCGCAGGGGCCCAGGGGCAUGGCCACCGGCCCCCCCUCCCACCUGGCCAACCCAGCUGCCCAUCAGGGGACCUGGGACCUGGACGACUGCCAAGGACUGAGGACAGAAAGUAGGGGGUUCCCAUCCAGCUCUGACUCCCUGCCUACCAGCUGUGGACAAAAGGGCAUGCUGGUUCCCAAUCCUUCCCACUCUGGGGUCAGCCAGCUGUGUGAGCCCCACCCCACCCCGACAGACACUGUGAACGGAAGACAGCAGGCCAUGAGCAGACUCGCUAUUUAUUCAAUCAUAACCUCUGGGCUGGGGUGACCCCCAGGGGCAGAGAGAAAGCCCCUUGUCCCCACCCCCCCAAACUCCCAGUGUCUGUCCCCUCCACCUUCUCUCACACACAUGCUUGCUCUAUGUCUUUCCUUCUGUCCCCUCCCUCUCCCACUGUCCCUUUCUGGCUUCCCUGUCUCCCUCCCAGCCUCUGCCUCUCUCCCAGCCUCUGAAGCCUGGGCCCCACCACUCUACCCUCAGUGGGAGGAAGCCCCAGGUUCACCUAGGCUUCCUUAAGUCUUUGUCCCAGGAUGGCUUUGUGGGCAUUGUGACUGCAGCUGAAUGGUUGCUGUCUCUGUCUGUCUGUCUGUCUCUCUUUGAUCUCAGGGGGUCCUUUUGGAGUUUAUUGUAUUUUAUUGUACUUGGUGGGGGUGUGUUUGGGGGGGGUGUCCUCAUGGGGUGUGUAGGUACCUUCAGAAACUUUUACCAAAGUCAUGUUUAGCUGCUUGUGGUGGCCCCCUCCCCUCCAUUGCCUCGGGCUUUGGGGGUUGGACUGCUUGCUGCUCCUUGUCAUUUCUGGCCUAGGAGAGGCNAGGCUCCAUGGGGGACCCUCACAUGGGACUGGGAACUGCUUACAGUUUGGGGUUGAGUAGAAGAGCUCAGGUGGCACAGAGGGAGACCAGGGGGCCUCAGCCACCCAGAUGGCCUUCAGGGAAGGUGUGUGAGGGAUGCAGUGGAGAGCAGGGAGGGGACUGUUGGGAAUCAGUGACAGGAGGGGAUCCUGCCAAGGGGCAGGAGGGGUCCCGAGAAGUCAGGGAUUAAGAGUGAAGGGAGUAGAUGUGGAGGUCCGAGCAUGUGAAUCAGGGACAAGACGGACAGGCUUGAGCGCAGGGGAGGCCAGGGUAUUGGUAUGUGAAGUGACUUACUCCCAUCAUGCCCCUGAGCAUGCUUUAGCUCACCUAGAGCUGACCAGCUCUAACCCAGCCUGUGGCCUGGACUGGGCCGGGUGUCUGUCCCAUUGUCCUGCAGUGGCGAGGACAGAGUGGGGUAUGUUUCCUUUUUGUUGGUGAUGCAUGCAGUUCAAGUGGACAAGAGAACAAUAUAACAAAACAAAAAAAUUUACAACCACAAACCCCAGCACCAAAGUUGAGAAACCUUGCUGGAUGUAGCUGAUGCAACCAUAUGUAGGCUUAGGUGACACUGUGGCUCUUAACUGUCCUGUUGAUGCCUCUUCAUCCUAUUCUCACAAUGCCGCAUGCUUAAAUCGUAAUAGAAGUCAUCUUCUCUGCCCGGGCAGGGCACCCUCUCUCCUUAUCUCCUGUGUUGGGGAGGUGGAGAGAGCAGCAAGCCGGGCCCCACCCUUACCGUUCUGAGGCUGGCCGCAGCAUGGCUAGCCUCUGUGUGUACUUAGGUCACAUGGCUGGUCCCAGGGCCAGCACAGGCCCAAGACUGGGCCUGAUGGUUUUAUUUUUAUUUAACUUUAUUUUCUGUGUGUGUGUGUGUGUGUGUGUCUGUCUGUCUGUCUGUCUGUCUGUCUGUCUGUCUGUCUGUCUGUCUGUGUUGUCUUUGUCUACUGCCCUCUAGUGUUAAGUGGGAGUCUGGAGGAGUCUCCCACUUCCCCACCUUCUCCCAAGUCCUUCCCUCUGUCACCAGCCAUCCCUCAGGCCCAGGCAGAGUGGGUCUCGGGCAGGUAGGGACCUGGAGUGGCCUGGUCCCACCCUCUGACCUCCUCCUCAGGCCACCAGUGUUGCCCUCUUCCCUUUUUAAAACAAAAUACCCUUGUUUGUAAAUCCUUAGACGCUUGAGAAUAAAACCCUUCCCUUUU